AUGUCCAACCUUGUCAUGGCCACCAUCGGCGCCCAGUACCCUUCCGCAGCCGCCUUCACCACCGCCUCCAUCGAAAAGAUGAAGUCCUUCAUAACCACAUCUCCAUCUUCAACCCCCUCAUUCUGGGAAGCAACCUCCGUCACCGACAAACGCGGGUUUUACAAUAUCGCCAUCAUCGCAUACUGGCCGUCCACCCCCUACUAUGAAUUCUGGAAAAGUGAGUCUGGGUUUGGAGCGUGGUGGCGGAGUCCUGAUCAUAUGGCGGUCUUCUCCAACAGCGAAGUUCCAGAGGGCGCAGCAAACAUGCGCGAGAAGAUCAGCGGCGAGAUGGGUGAGCAUGCGUAUUGGGCAGAUGAUCGGCUAGAAAGUGACAAGUUUGUACCUGAUGUUAAGCAUGGCGGCACGAAUGGUGCACAUGAAGGUGAGAAGAGCAAGAGCAUGAGAGUCCCGGGCAAGAAGAACUUGUGCGUUAUUCGCUCGGGCCAGAACUGGUUCACCACACCCCCUGCUGAGCGGAAACUGUAUCUCGAGACCAUGCACCCUGUGCUCAUCAAGGGGAUGACGUUUCUCCGUGACGAAGGCAAAGCGAUCGGAUGCUACGCCAACAACCUCUGGAAUGUUGUCGAUUCCUCGACAUACGAAGCGAUUUUCGAGAAGAUGUACGGAUUCAAAAGUCAUCAGACGCACCUCGAUAUCUUCGGAGGGGUUUUGAUGUAUGCGAAGAAGCUCAACAAUGUGCCGAGUCUGCGUCUGUUUCACGAGACCUAUGUCUUGGAGGAGGAUCAUCGGUUCUUUGAGUAUGUAGGGUGGCACGAAGAGACGGGGAUGUUGAAUGCGCUGCGGGCUGGGGGCGCAUAG